GCGGUGGCAGCAUCAUCGAUGACGGUUCCCAAAUAUGAUGAUGGUCGAGGAACAGUCCGAGGAUGGUUCCACUUCGACUAAGCUUACACCUCCAAGCGAAUCAUUUCUCGAUUUGCCUUGCAGCAUGGACCUUCAGCAGCAGCCGGACCUUGAAGCGCACUACAAGCCACUUGGCGACAGCGACCCGUCGACCGCCCUCGCGCCCGGUGGCGCCGUCCCACUCAAGUCGACGACAGCGAUCACGUUCUUUGUCCUCUCGGUCGUCUCGACCUUUUUCCAGACCGUGGCGCCACCGCUCAACGCGUCAGUCUUUGGCGCGUACCUCCACGGCGCCGUGCCGACCGUCGCGCAGUUUGCCUCGCUCCAAGCGAUUGCGUGGACGCUCCGUGUGCUCUUCGCCUUCCUCUCGGACGCGAUCCAAGUCGGCGGCUACCGGCGCAAGCUCUGGCUGCUUGUGGGCUGGAUCGUCUGCGUCGCCAGCGUCGGGUGCAUCGCCUUCUCGGACUUUGGCGCGCCGUUCUGCGACCCAAAGGAGUACCCAAGCUGCUGGAACCCCAAGGCCAACACGACGAAAACGGCUUACGAUGUCUCGGCGCCGAGCCGCGUCGCCUGGUACCGGGCACCGACGUUCUUUGCGAUGCUCGGCGUUGUUCUCGUGCAAGCGAACCUUGAUGGCGUCCUCGUCGAAAUUGCCCAGCGCGAGCCGAUCAGCGUUCGGGGGACGUUCCAGACGCUCACGUACUUCAUCUCGGGCAUCGGCGGCGUCCUCGCGCGCUUCUUCAUGCUCUUUUGCCUCAGCGCCAAGCGCUAUGGCGGCGGCUACGACUGGUCCGCGGGCCCCAACGCGCCGUUCUACAUUGCGUUUGGCCUCGGACUCGUCGCCAUUGUCCUCACGAUCAGCGUCUUUCGAGACACCCACAACCCGAUCCAGGGCCUUCCCAACUGGUGCCGUCAGCUUUGGACGCUGCUGCAGACGCGUGCGCUGUACCAGCUCCUAUCGUUUCGCUUGCUCACGAGCGUCUUUCAGAGCCCGACGGGACCGUCGGUGAUGACGUGGGUCACCAACCUCGACCUUGCGUGGGCCAACGUCAUCCCUCGCAUCCCGUAUGUGCCCACGAUGAUCAUUACGCUCAAGAAGGGCAUGGGCUGGAACUGGCGCAAGGCCGUCUUCAUCACGACCCUCGGCAGCAUCAUUGUGACUUCGAUCGCAACCUUUUUUGUCAUUUACGACGUCUGCCGCAACGACUACUUUUACAUCAUCGUCAUCGCGCCGGCCUCGAUCGCACUCGGUAUGAACACGCUCAUGCCCGGCUGGGCCAUGGUCGAGGUCGCGACCCCCGGCCACGAAGCCACGACCGCCGCCAUCUACGCCACCAUCAAGGAUCUCGUCGUGCCCAUCACGGCUCGCUGGCGCGCCUACAUGGCCGAGUCGUUUCCUGCCAACCUGGCGCUGCUCAACGACAACCACACGCAGAACCAAGUCGGGUACAACUGGAUCGUCUGUCUCAGCAUUCAAGUCGCGGGACUUGCGUUCAUCGUACUCCUACCGGCGCAGCGCAAGCCGUUGCUCGAGAUGAAGGCGCGCGGCGAGCUCUCGGUCUUGGCCGCGGUGGUCGUGGUCGUGGCGUACUUUGCAUUGUUGGUGUUUGCGUGGCAGCAAAACCUAAAAGACUACUAAAUCUUAGUUAUUUAAACGAAUUCGAUUACAAGUAUCGACGACAAUACAACAUGAAUAUCUUGCACUGUGG